AUGUGGCCAAAUGCGAUCAUUUUCACGUGUUUUCUGGCUCUUCGGCUGCGCCACUGUGCAGCUGAUCUGUGCAACUGGACCGGAAGCGGGUUUGCAGCUGCCGUGGACUCGCGGAUCGUUCUGCAGGUGCGGCUCCGCUGCACAGAGGGCUCGGUGAGGUGGCUCUACCCGGGUCAGGCUCUCCGGGUGGUCCUGGAGCCCAAUCUGUCCUCGUCCCGGCGCACCACCGUCUGCAUCAAACCGUCUCCCUCCUUCGGCGGAGCCAGCGUGUUCGUGGAACGGGCCGGACAGCUGGAGCUGUUGGUGCCAGACGGCGGGCGGCCCGACCGCCAGGUGUUCUGUUUCCGCGCAGACGGACCACACAGGCCCGCGCUCUACCUGCAGGCCGGCCCGCAGAGCGACGGGGCCUGGAGCAGACGCACGAUGGGCUUCAGAUACGAGCUGCUGGCCAACAGGAGCGAGCUGAGCCACGGAGGGCUGAGGGCUUCCUGCCGACCCUGCAACGACACAGAGCUCCUCAUGGCCGUCUGCAACAGCGACUUUGUGGUUCGAGGCCACAUCAGGAACGUUUCUCAUGACGCUCGGCGCCAGACGUCGCUGGUGGAGGUGUCAGCAGGGAGGGUUUACUGGCAGCGCAGCGGCGUGUUUGAGCAGCAACAGGCUUCUCCGUCCUGGCGUGGACACAUCCACACGCUGCUGCAGUGCCACGUGAAGCCCGGGGACGGAGAGUUCCUCUUCACGGGGUCGGAACACUUCGGGGAAGCUUGGUUAGGGUGUGCCCCGCGAUACAAAGACUUCCUGUCCGUCUACCAUGACGCCCGGACGGCACGCCGGAAUUCCUGUGACUUCCCUUCAGACUGA